AUGCCUAUUUUUUUCUCCGAUCCUAUACAAAGCAACGCGAAUGAGAUCAAAACAAUUUGUAAUUCAGCUAACAAACAGGCGCCAAGCAUCAUUACGACUCAAUCCGGCAAAAAUGAUAUGACAAAAUCCUCCGUCCGUAAUGCGCCAAACUCAUAUGAGCCAGUGGAACUAGACUACCUACCUGAGGUGGGUCCUGCCACUAUACAGAACAAGCAGCUUCCAAUGGUAGACGCUCCCAUAUCAACGUCCAUUAAUUCCAAUACACCUAGUCGCUGUCUAAAUUUGGAAAACCUUUCGAAUUUCCCAUGCAAGCGUAGUACAAAAUCCCCUGAUUCUGAUGCCGUCAAGUCGAGUAAUGGAAAAACUGCAGUUAGAAGCAAGCCUCUUCUUAAUUCUUCAGCGCCUUCCGAAGUUCAAACGUGUCUUAAAAAAAGGCCAGCAAUUGGCCCAAAAAUAAAUGAGCCAAAGGAUUCGUGGGUUUGGGAUGGAGAUCCAGUAGAUAAAUAUGUUUUCAUUCAGCCUGAUUCACCGCCAGUUAUGCGCUCUUGCUACCCAUCUAUUCGUCAUCGACACGACGGCAUAAUUGUGCGUGAGCGCGAUAACGUCCUUGUUUGCAGCGGCCCGGAUCGCAGCACUGCGCCCCAUGUGGCAAAAGUCACGGCACUGUUUUCUGAACCAUCUCGAAGUGAGCUUCUUUACUUUAGAAUACUGUUGACCGGUCCCCAUUUAACUAAAUGA